UUUGCGUUCAUUUCCUUGGGGACAGUAAUUAUGUCGGGACCCCUCGGUGGGGCUCCCUGAAAAGUGUUUAGAUUCUGUCUAAUACAUUACUCUUGUGUAAUAAUACAACAUAAGCAAGGAGUGAAAAAUACAUUAUUCUAAAUGAUUCACAUUAUUCCGAAGGACAUACGUGAGGGGGUCCCUGUGUCUUCUCUUAUAGACAGCCUCAGGUGUCCUUGGGUAACAACACAUUGAGUAUACCUUCAGUUUAGGCAACAACACUACCUGGUUAGUUUUUGGAAAAGAUCAUGGUUUGGGUUCAAAUAUCUUGCUCAUGUGGGCAACAAUAACCUCAAGAUAAAGUCCGCCGUUUUUAAACCCAAGACCCGAUUGCUCUCCACCAACUGCAACACACAGGGCAUGAUGGAAAACACUUGGCAGUCACCUGAUCAAAGAGCUAAAUUACUUAAAUGUGUGGCACACCAUAUUUAUUAAAGGGGAGGAAGAAUAUGCUUAUUGAAAAUGAUAUUAUUAUUAUAUCAGCCCAUAAUUAAAUCAGUUUGCGAGACGGUCUGUUCAGUUAAAUUGUGACUAUGCAGGUGUCUUCCUCAACCAUCCUCUUUGGUAAAAGUCAAGGGAUGUUUGUAGAACUCUUUACUCACAAUCAAUGUGUUUAUGAUAUCGAGAGCUUUUAGGAGACCACAGAUUAUAUCUUGCAAGAUAAAUGUUGCACUUUGCUAACAUAUCCAGUGGAUGUCACCAUUACUCUGUGAAUGCACUGAUGCCAGAUCAGUUACAGAAAGAAAUCAAAGCAGCCUUUGCAUGUUACUGGCUGGUGAAGAUUAGACAAUGACUGUAAUGUAGUAACUUAAAAAAUGUUUCCUUGCCAUGUGUUUACAUUAAUGACAUUAAUAUUUUUGCUCCAUUCAUUUUCCUCCCAAACUUUGAAGACACCUGGAUUACUGCUGCAAUAUCAUCCCAUGAAUUGGAUCCAUAGGCUCUCAAAAAUGCAAUGUCCUCUUUGAGCUCCUUAACAAGACCAGGGGGAUAAAACAGUGAGUAAGUCCGAGGGAAAUUCACAGAUGAUGACAGAUAACCCCAUAUCAGAAAGUCUGCAAGAAUGAAUGAGCAGAGAAGCAUGAAGGGUGACUUUGAGCUGUUGAUCGGGACGUGUACAGAUCUUCGUAUCUGACUUACUCUGACAUGCAACAUCUCCCUCUUCAGUGGAGUAUUCCCUUCACUGCAUCUCUCACACACUCUGCCUCUAUUGCUCUCUCUCUUCCCCUCCCCUUUACCUUCUCUGCCCGUAUCGCACUCUCUCCAUUUGUUUUCCACAAUCCUUCUUCCUCUUCAGACCCCGCUUUCCAUCUCACUCUCCCCCUUUCCCCCCCUCCCUCCUCCUCUCUCUAUUUCUCCCUCUUCCACUCUUUCUUUGUUUAUCCCGAGGAAUGCAGUAUGUGGCAGGCUCUGGCUCUCUGGCUGUUGAUACUCGCUACUCUGCUCCGGGUGUCAGUGCAGGGCCCUCACCAGCGGUUUCUGCUCACGGAGCUGCUGAGGGACUACAACCCCAUGGAGAGGCCGGUGGCCAACGACUCCCAGAGUCUCAUUGUUCAGUUCUCCUUUACUCUGAUGCAGGUCAUGGAUGUGGAUGAAAAGAACCAGAUCCUCACCACGAAUGCCUGGCUGCAGAUGCAGUGGUAUGACCACUACCUCCAGUGGAACCAGUCAGAGUAUCCUGGAGUUAAGAACCUGCGGUUCACUACUGACCAGGUCUGGACACCUGACAUAUUACUUUACAACAGUGCUCAUGAUAAGUUUGAUGCCACCUUUAAGACCAACGUGCUGGUUAACUCCAGUGGCUUCUGUCAGUAUCUGCCUCCAGGAAUAUUUGUAAGCACAUGUACCGUGGAUGUGCGAUGGUUUCCAUUUGACAUCCAGCGCUGUGAACUGAAGUUUGGCUCCUGGACAUUUGACGGCUGGCUGCUAGACCUCCAGAUGAAGGAGGCAGAUGUGUCAGGAUACAUGACCAACGGAGAGUGGGACCUAGUGGAGGUCCCUGGAGGUCGUCACGAAGUUUUCUAUGACUGCUGUCCAGAGCCCUACCCCGAUGUCACCUUUGUGGUGACCUUACGAAGGAGGACUUUGUUUUACGCUCUCAAUCUCCUCAUCCCCUGUGUGCUUCUCUCCUCCAUGACUCUGGUGGUUUUCCUGCUCCCCGCCAACUCGGGGGAAAAGAUCAGCCUGGGCAUCACGGUUCUGCUUUCUCUGACUGUCUUCAUGCUGAUGGUUGCAGAGAUUAUGCCCACCACUUCAGAUUCUGUGCCCCUGAUAGGUCAGUACUUUGCGAGCACCAUGGUGAUUGUCGGGAUGUCAGUCGUGGCCACAGUCCUCGUCCUUCAGUUCCAUCACCACAACCCCAACAGUGGACACAUGCCACGUUGGGUGCACUUGGUUCUGCUGCAGUGGGUACCUUGGUUUCUGCGGAUGAAGCGUCCAGGAGAGGGAGUGGAGCCGCCUCUUUCCAGCUGCCAAGUAGACUCUCAGAGCAAGACCCUGUCCUCCCCUACCACCACCACCACCACCACCAACCCCACGCCAAUGCCCUCCAUCUUCCCCCAGAGCCUCAACUCCCUGCAGGCCAGCCUGGCUCAGCUCAACCACCCUCUGUCACACCCACCGCCCCACCGGCCCAACUCUCAAACUGUUAUCCUCCCUAAUCCCAUCCACAGAGAUCCCAGCCCCAAUCCACAUCCACAGCCCAACGGCCAUCUGCUUUACAUGGGCUUCCAAACCUUCCAGACCACUGCAGAGCUGGAGCCAGUUCACAGGAGCAGAGCCACAAGUUUUGGGAGGUUCAGCAAUGGACUGAAAGGAGGGGAAGGAGAGGAAGCUGAUGCAGGAGGAGGAGGACCAGCUGGAGAUACAAAUAUCCAUCACCACAUCCAAUCUUCCAUGUUUGGGAGCCCCCCACAGGAAACUCCACAGUCCCCGGACCAUGAUCCCUUAACCACAUCCUCUGGACCCUGCGGCCUAGAGGCCGGGGUUGUAGCAGGGAGAUCAGCUGGUUUACAUACCCACAGAGGUGUGAUCCGAUCUGUGGCAGUAGACAACCAGCUGCAGGCUCUUCUGAUGGAGGUGCAGUUUUUAGUGGAACGCGUUAAAGAGCAGGACCGGCAGCUCAGCGUGUCAGAGCAGUGGCAGUUUGCUGCGGCUGUCAUCGACCGCCUGUGCCUCGUGGGAUUCAGUGUUUUCAACAUCAUCUGUACCAUCGCUAUUCUCAUGGCUGCACCCAACUUUGGAGAGGCUCUGUCAAAAGAUUUCCUCUGACCGACUAAAAACAAAGAAAUGAGAGAGUGGGAGAUGUCAGGGAUGUGUGGAAGCACAAUGGCUGCUAAUGACACUGGCACAUACAACGGCAGAUAUUUCCUAUUCAGUAAACUGAUUGUGAUGUAAAGAUGUCCUGAUGCUAUUGUUUUGUGUGUGCCAUUUUUCACAAUACAAUAUACCUGAUGAUGCUCACAUUUACGCUUCACACCUCCUCUUUGAAAGUUUGAUUGAUGUGUUUUGUUCCCUUGUAAUAUUAUUUGACAGUGAAAUAUGAAAUGAAGAGUUUUGCGAAUGAGGAUCUGAAAAAAAUCAUCACAGAAUUGAUGUGGUCACUGGGAAGCAUGACUUUGACCUAAUUUGUUAUAAAGUAUUUGUACUGGUUGCUAAAGUGUAUUUGUCUUUGGAUGCUACAUGAAGAUGCUCAGUAGAGAAACUGGACCCUGAUGUGCUGCAUGUAAACCUGCAUUUCCUGACAAUACUGCCCAGAGUCUCUGUUUGCUGUUACUUCCCAAAAUACUAUUUAUACAGCGGUACACACAGUUUGUUCCCACUGGUACGUUUUUUUACAGGACUUCCUUUUUUAUUUUAGAAUUGUUUUUUCCCACAUGGUUUCCAUCUCAAUGCCAUUGUGAUCACGGUAGCUGCAUAGUACACUGAAGUAAAAACGUACUAUACCUCAACAACUACCCUGUAUACUGCCAUAGAGUUUGCUUAAAAUUUUUUUUUUUACAUUUUUAUUGAACCUUUUAUUUAACUAGGAUAGGUCCCAUCGGCCAAGAGUCCCCUUUUCAAAGGACUCCUGGCCGACAUAUGCAACACAAGAUAAGAACAAGUGAGCGUAAACAGAAACAGAAGAACAGACAAAUCAACAACUUAUAACGUCACAAUGAACAAAGUGCAAUACGAGCCAUCCACCCAAAUCAGUUUAAGCACCAACACCCCAACGAUUCUGUCUCCUUAUUUUUUAAAAUGGAUUUGUUAUUCAAUUUCUAUGAAAUGAAACUGUUCAAUGACAUGUUAUCUCUGCUCAGAGGCUCUCUCGUUUUAUGGUUUUAUUCAUAACGUGGAACAAUAUUGUCCUUCUGUACAACACACACACACACACACACACCACAGCAGCACACCUUCUCUUAUCCACUCACUCACACUUUUGUGUAUGCAGAAAAAUAUAAUCUCUAUGACUCUGGCUGUACCCUGAAUGUAAAUCGCGCCAUACAUUUUGCAGGAGUGUUGUACACUGAAUGCCAAUAAAGUUGUGACAGACCGAGCCGUAAA